UAUGGUUGCGUGAGUGAGAGAGUAAUGUUUGUUUGGGCUCCGUAGUUUUUAUUUGGUGUGACGUCAUUGUUUUCGAGUGCCAGUAACAAACGACGCAGUUUCAAUUUAUUCGAAAAUGGAUUUAAAAUGAGAAUUGUUUUCGCAAACAAGGCGACAAGACACCAAAAUGUCAGCGGAGUCGCCGCGGCACGCGCGGUCUGGUGGCCCGCUCACCGUGCCCUCGCAGCCGCCCAGUGACCGCAGCAUUAUUGACGCGGUCUCCGGCUUCAUCAAUGACGUCACACUCUCCUCCUCCUCGACAGUCGAUCCUAAGGACGUCAUCCAAUGGGCAAGAUUCGAAACAGCAGACAUAAACGAGCCCACACCAGAAGGAGAUAGCGACAAUGACAUUUCUCCACUAUUACUAAUCUUGGGCUAUGGCUCAGGUGUCCAAGUUUGGCUGAUUCCUCCCACAGGAGAAGCACAGGAGGUGUUAUCCUGGAGGCAGGGUCAAGUGAGGGUGCUCCGUAUACUGCCCACACCGCAGCACGGCGAUUGCUUCGCGUCGAAGAGGCCUCUCAUUGCCUUGUGUGACUCUGCUAGCCCGGGACCAAGUUUCUGCUCGCUUAGUUUUAUUUCAAUUAGAGGUGGUGAACAGGUGAAAAGCAUAAAAUUCAAGAAUCCCAUCCUAGAUGUGUUGGCAAACAAGCGUUCGGUAGUUGUAUCCUUCUCUGAGCGCUUUGCGGUCUUCGAUGCGGCCACUUUAGAAGACCGAAUGGCUAUAACCACCUGUUAUCCUUGCCCGUGUCCGCUAGGCGGUAGUGCACCUAUUAAUCCACUGGCGCUAGGAGAUCGCUGGUUGGCGUACGCGGAUAAGAAAUUGAAUCAAUCUAAGAGAAGCAGCGGAGGAUGUGAAAGCGAAGGAGUAACGAGCUAUACAGCUACUGUGCUCCACGCAGCCAAGUCUUUGAGUAAGGGGCUCCGGGGUCUCGGCGAGAGUGUGGCGCAUAGCUUAGCAGGGGGCCGCGGGGCCUCGCAGUCGCCCUCCCCGCCCAACGCCGAUCUACAGCAGCCCGGCGUCGUCACUAUACUUGACAUAGAGGGCAAUGAAGAAGAAGACGGACAAGACAAUGAAGAGUCGUACGAUCCAAUCGUAGCUCACUUCGUAGCGCACUCGGAAGCCAUCAUUGCCCUGAAAUUCGACGCGAGCGGCAUGCUGCUGGUGACGGCGGAUAGGCGCGGACAUGACUUCCACGUGUUCCGGAUCAACCCGCAUCCUUGCGGGCCCAGUCUUGCUUCCGUGCAUCAUUUGUACGUUCUGCAUAGAGGGGACACUACAGCCAAGGUUCAGGACAUAGCAAUAUCGGGAGAUUCUCGAUGGGCAGCUAUAUCAACAUUGCGUGGAACGACACACAUAUUCGCCUUGAGUCCGUAUGGCGGCGCAGUUGGUGUGCGCACGCAUACUGCACCGCGAGUGGUCAACAGGCAGUCGCGGUUCCACCGAUCUGCCGGGUUGCCCAUACACCCGCAUGCCCAUGUUCAUACUUCUGGCAGCCCUGUAUCGGAGGGCGGCGGCGCCGGCGCGUGGUUCCCCAACCCCCGUCUGCCGCCGUUCCCUCUGCCCCUGGCGGCACCCCCGCUGGCGCAGCUGCGCCCCACCGCCAGCCUGCCCACGCACACUAUUACGCGCACUAGCUCCGGUCGCCAACGUCUCUCAUCUCUAUCAGAAGACUGCAACACAGCCCCACUGCUGGCUCGAGCCCGGUUUGGCCUGGCACCAGUGCCACCAGCUGCCACCAGUACCACUACUGGGUCAUCUCGACCGCCACCAGUGGCGGCCCUUUAUCUGAUGUCUGCUAGUGGCUGUCUUUCACACAUUGCGCUGUAUCCUAGACCUGCCCGAAACGUCCCAAAGGAGAAGAUAUGCGAUGAAAGCCCCAUCGAGCUGGAGGUGGAGCCGAUCGCGCAGUGGCCGCUGCAAAGGCCACCCGCCGCCGCAGACUUGCUGGCGCCGCUGCCACCCUCCAACCCGCUGCUGCAGCCGCUCUCCUGCCGCCGCUGUGCAGAUAUGUGCAUGAGCGAAGAGGAGCGCUGGCUGUCACAGGUGGAAAUAGUAACGCACGCCGGCCCGCAUCGGCGGCUGUGGAUGGGUCCGCAGUUCGUCUUCAAGACUUACAACUGCACUGGGUCCAACUCGUCCCUAUCGGAAGCAGAGACUGUGGAAGUGGACACGAGUGCGGCCCGCGGCGUUGCUCGCUCCAACCCCGUGAACAUGCCUGGAGUUCGGCCAGUCGUACCUGUACUAAUCGACUCGGGCUCGGCCAGUGAAUGUUCACUCGAGCAUUCGCCAUCAGAUAACUUUCGCCGCAAAUCGCAGCUCGCGGAGUCAGGUCGUGCCACCUCCGUUUGCGAUGUCCAGUUGAAAGAGGAUUUGGCUGAGGCUAUGAAGGAAGACCAUGGCUGGCGCGGCGAGGCGCAGGCGGCCGAGUGGGAGCCGCCCACGAGGCGCAGCGCCGUGGAGCGCGCCGUGGACCCGCUGGGCACCGUGGUGGUGCCGCUGCCGGCCCGGCGCCCGCCGCGGGACGACGCCGACGCGCACACGUCGUCCAACGCCGACGAGGGCACGUUCCGGCCCGUGCUGCGCGCGCCCGCCGCGCUGCCCGCGCCGCCGCCGCUGCUGGUGCGCCCGUUGCCGCGCACUACCACCAUCCCCGUGCAGAGCGUGGCCGCGCCCCCCGGCCCCCCCGGCCCCGCCAGCCCCGAGCCCGCGCCGCUGGCCACCACCGUUCUCAUCCCCGCGGCGCUCACGGCCGUGGCGUGGCGCGCCGACGACCUGCACCUGCCCGACUCCAGCCCCGAGGCCGACCCCCUCGUCCGCGCCCCGCCUUCCCGCGACGUUCCCGAAAGGAGCGACGCUAGACGGACGGAGUCGCCCGCUCGCGUUGACGACCCGCCGAGAGGUAAAAUCGCUUCCGCCGACAGAGUAAAACGGAGCGCCGCGUCCAAGCGUGAGGGAUCCACCGAGCGGAGGAAAUCCAAAGCCGACCGGGCUUCCGACCGACAGGCUACGCCGGUAAGAACCGAUACGCCAGCCGAUGGGAGUUCGAGCAAACCCCGCAAAGAGAAAUUUAACGAGCAAAAGGAUACCGCACUCCGGAACGAUAAACCCGCUAAGCAGAAGACUGUCGAAGAGACGUCUGGAGCUAAAACUACCGAGCCCGCAAGACAAGCCGCUGACAACGCAGCGACCUCAGUAGACAAUAGUAGCGUAGAAAUUAAGCGAUUCGAUGUAAAUAAAGAUCUCAAGCGUCAGGAGCGUGAUGUAAGUAAGGAUGAUAGUGCGCGUGAUAGGGGCUCGGCGGAGUGUGCCGAGCGAGAGAGUGACGAUUCUAAAUCACUGCCAAAACCGAAUCGGUCGUCGGAUGAUAUUCAACCGACGACUCGAGCUAGAAUUAAGAAAUCUCCCACCCCGAAGUCAGUUAGUGAUAGAGAUAGUGAGGUUAGCAUUAAGGAUAACAAAUCUAAACAUAUCGAAAAACCUAAAGAUGUGAAAGAGCCAAAAGAGAUUAAAAAGCAAAAAGAUAUUAGGGAGUUCAAAGGCAACAAAGAACUUAAGGAAUCGAAAGAAGUUAAAACUAACGAUGAAAAACCAGUAGGGGACGCUAGAGAUUCUAUAAAUGUAUUAAAAGAGGAUAAAAAAGAACGUAUUGUAGCUAUUAAAGAUGAACCAAUAACGUCAGUUACUUUGAAAUUAUCCGUUAAAAAAGAACUUGAAAGUUUGACUUUACGGCACGUUGAGGAUGAAAUAAAAACUGAAGAGCAAGCUUGGGACAUGCUCCUGAAUGAACCGGGAAAACCUGUGAUUUCGAAUGUCAGUCCGCAAGUUACUAUCGGUGAAAAUAUAAAAAAUGUCGAAGACAAGCCCAAAAUUAAGAAAAGUCGGAAGUUAAAGAAGACUCCAGAGGAGUCGCUAUCAAAGGAAGACGACAGUUUUGUUGAAAUACACGCCAUUGAAGAGAAGCAGCAGUGCAGUGGAGAUUUAGUUUCGAUUUCAGAUCCAUUUGAUGACUUGGAAUCUUCAACUUACCUUGCCAAAACAAAGAAACGCGGAUCUAAAAGCUUUACUUUCGAAAAGAAAGAUGAUUGUGAGAUAUUGCCUCCAAAUGUUCUGUUACAAUAUGAAUCAGAUUUUUACAAACCUAGGAUCUCAAAAAAAUACGACGACGUAUCUGACAUUGAAGUUUUGCCUGAUACCAGUUCAGCUCAAUUAUCUUACAGCAACAUGUUGAAAGUUAAGAAACAUGAUGAUGGUACUGCUAGUGAAUCUUCGUCAUUCUUUGCUAAAGAGUCAUCAAGACCGUGCAAAAGCAAGUCAUUGUCACCAUACCCCGAUUGGCGCAAAUCAGAGAAACCUGUUGAACGAGCUGAGAGAAGUGAAAAAGAUGUGUACGUGAUCGACACCGCUGAAGAGGAGUUCCCAGUCAUACAGAUAACUAGAGGCGCUAAACCGCGCAGGAAAUCUCCUCAGCCAAGCGGGUACAAAGUACAAGAAAUGGAACCGGUCGUUGAGAAAUUAGCAAUCAAAUCCUGGAGCUCUAUAGCGGCUUCAAAAAAUUUUAAAAAAGAUGAGGGAAAUGUAGAAGUAUUAAAUAAGAAAGUUGAAGAUGACGAAAAUAAUAGUGAUGACGACGACAAUCCGGUGUCUUCCACGUCCGUUUCGCUGCAGGACAAAUUGUACGAGCUUUGUAAAAGAACUGAUAUUAUGGUUGCUGAAUGUGAUGCCCCGACCGAGUUGAACUUUGUUGAGGAACACCAUGCUGUGCUACACGAUCUCCCACCUCUGGAGCCGCUGGAUUUUGGUUUGGACGAUUUCAAACUCGAAGUUAUGAGAGAUAGCCUUUUAGAUGUCAAUGAUACUAAACUAACCAGUCCCAUUUGCAAGAUCAGUAUUGAUGAUAUUCUAUCGUCGAUCAAGGAGACCACGAGUAAAGUGAUCGAAUCGAGCUCGUUCAAUUUGAUUGAUUUGGAGAAAGUGCCUGCGAAGAGAGAGAAAGGAUACAGUGUCAUUGAAAGUCAUAAGAUAACGUCUUUGGAGGUGAAACUGGAUGAUGAUACGAAGGAUGAAAUGAUGGAGAAGUCAUCGGAUGACGACAAUACGUCGCCUGUCACCUCCACCGAUAGUGACAAGGAGGACAAAAAAUCUGCUGGUGCUUCUAACUUAGUUACGCCUUCUUCAAAGCAAUCAGCUAAGUCUAAGAAAUCUCGUAGGAAGAAAAAGUAAUAUCAAUAACAUGUGUUCAAAAUUACUUCAAUUUUUUCUAUUGGUGUUUCAUAGAAUUCAAUACUUAAAGUGUUUGCUGCUGUUGUUGUAGUGAAAUAAUUUAGAUAAAGCAAUUUAAUCGUAUGUACAGUCAAAAGACAAAAAAAAAAAUU